ACAAAAGGCCAGCUGCAUUUAAUGUAAAGUCAAUUUUAUAGUCAAUUUUUUUAUAUUAUAAAUAGGUACUUGCAAGCCCGUCGAAACAGUGGCUGCAAUUACAUUGCUGUGAUCCCAAACGCAUCAGAAAACUUCUGCAGCAAAUGAGUGAUACAAACGAAAAUGAAAGUGGUUUGGUGAAGUUUCUUCCCGGCGUGAUCAAUGAGUCAAAGGACAAUGAGCAGAUUGAGCAGAUUCUUUCUCUGUUCAGUACUGUGCCUCAAAGUUCCCUGGAUCCUAGCUUGGAGAGGUUUCAAAUGUAUAAGAAUGCACUGCAAGUAUACAACACUGUGAGAAGUAAUGAAAGACUCCCAAUCGAACUCAAGCAAAGUUUGGAUGCCAAUAAAAAACUAAAGCAACGAACUUAUCACCUGGUCUUUGGAGUUUUACAUCAUAUUGAGGUUUUAAUGGACCUACUCCUAGAGAGCAAGUUCUUUUCAAAGAACUUUGAACUUCGUAGUCAUGAAGAUCUCGUGUUGGUAAUGACUUACGAUUUUCAAAGUGAAAAGUUUUCCCUAAGGCUUCCGACACAUGGAACCCAUAUUCUUCCACCUGAAUUUAUCGAAGUAGCUGAAUCUCUGUUGGCACACAAAGUGAAGCUGGGAGCUACUCUUGCACGGAUGAGAGUCAAGCAGAAUGCUAAGUCUAUCACACAGUUGAUUCCGGACCUCAGAGUACGGCUGAAAUUUGAGUAUGCAGAAGCUUCUCACUGUGCAGCACGAGUUAAUCCGCUGAAAGUUAACUGUUUGCAAGAGGUCAUCUCGAGGUUACUGAGAGACAGUGUCACUCGUGUCCACACUAAAAACGAAUUGCUAGGAAUUUCGUUUUAUCAAGCCGAAACAGAUCUGCUUGUAUUUUCAGCCGAUUUUCGACCUCAUUUACAUUCACAUCAACUUGUUACUGAGGGCUUCCUAAUUCUUCAAGAUCUUUCAAGCUACUACUAUGUUGAUCAAGCCAUGCAAGUGUUUACUCGUGGCGACAUUGUCUUUACAGAAUGUCACUCUGGUACUGAGGUACUUCAUGCUGCUAGCAUAUUGGGUGAUAAAGGUACAGUAAAAGUUUUUAGUGUGACUUGUGAGAUUGUGGAUGGGCUCACUUCCAAGCUUCGAAACCUGGGACUUCACAAUGUCCAACUAAUUAGUACCCCUUUCUCAGAAUCAUGUUCUUCUGAUGCGACAGUAUCCAAUGUUAAGCUAGUCAUGUGUGCCCUACCUAUUGCACAGUGUAGCACCUCGGUGCACCCAGUGGACCAUGUACUACAAGAUGGUGAACAUCACCUGUCUUGGCUUUCCCCUACAUGUAGUCCUCCCACUAUGACAAAGACUGUGAGAGACAAGCUUACACAUGCAUUGAAAUUUGAGCAAGCUGAACGCAUAGUUCUUUUGAGUAGCAGUGAUGAUGAUGUGAACCACAUUGUUCGAGAUGUUCUUGAGAAAAAUAGAAUAUUCAAUCUCCCUCAAACAAACCACACUGUUGUAAACGAGGACGAAAGGACACUCUACACAAGCAGUUACAUCAUCACAGUUCUCACCAAAAAAUUUUCAGAGCUAACCCCUACAAAAGCUGUGUUGGCCAGGGCAGUGGAAAAAGGUCUACUUGAUUCUGCGUGUCUAGGAGAGGAGUUUGUCACACCCCAGAUACCUAAAAAAAGAAAUACAAGACAAUCAAGGAUCAAUGCCCUCCAUCUAGGAAUUCCAUUGACCCCAUCAAUGGCUCCAUCAUCAUCCAAAAGAUUUUCCAAGAAGUAACCACAAAACCUACUAGCAGCAUGAUCUAAUUGGCUAAUAAUGUAUGAGUAACUUCUCUAUAAUUAAUUUUACUGUGCCAUAAUUAUGGGGUGCCGUGUGUCAACUUUAGCUCAGUAUUAGGGUUGGACACCCUGCUAUUUGGGUGCACGAAAUCCAUUGACCGUGGUCGAG